CGCGCUGUGAUUGGCUGGAGUAUUUGCGUCACUACGCUACAUCUCGCGCACACCAUCUGGAGCUCGUGCGCGUUUGAUAAGGCGGUCUCACUCAAUGUAAACCGAACCGCUGGCUGUGGCUCUGUGACCGGACACCGAAUUCUCGUGUGAAAUGCCAUGACUGCUGAUGCAGACUGGGAUACAGCAGGCAGGCAGAGUCGCAAUCAUAACCAACAGCUCCAGCUGUCCCAAGCUCAUCGUCCAUCAAGUAUUCCAGGAGCGAUAGCAGUGUAGUGAAGCGGUCUGAAUAUCCCAGGAGUCUUUAAGCAGGAAACUUUCCUGGACCGCACCAGUUAAACACCAUGGAGUGCAGGAUCACGCUGUUGGAUGGCACUGACUACACCUGCACUGUGGAGAAGAAAGCCAAAGGCCAGGUCCUGUUUGAUAAAGUAUGUGACCACCUCAACCUUAUGGAGAAGGACUACUUUGGGCUCACGUACCGUGACGCAGAACAUCAGAAGAACUGGAUGGACCCUUUGAAAGAACUGAAGAAACAAAUUAGAACUGGUCCCUGGAACUUUGGGUUUAAUGUGAAGUUUUAUCCCCCCGAUCCAUCUCAGCUGUCUGAAGAUAUCAGCCGGUACUACCUAUGUCUUCAGCUAAGAGACGAUGUCGUGUCGGGCCGUUUGCCAUGCUCCUUUGUCACUCAUUCUCUCCUGGGUUCAUACAUCGCCCAGUCUGAGCUGGGAGACUACGACCCUGAUGAGCUGGCUAACGAUUACAUCAGCGACCUCCGCUUCGCUCCCAACCAGACCAAAGAGCUGGAGGAGAAGGUCAUGGACCUGCAUCGCCACUACAAAGGAAUGAGUCCUGCUGAGGCGGAGAUGCUGUUUCUGGAGAAUGCUAAGAAGCUUUCAAUGUAUGGAGUAGAUCUGCAUCAUGCAAAGGAUUCGGAGGGAGUGGAGAUUAUGUUAGGGGUGUGCAGCAGUGGCCUUCUCAUCUACAGAGACCGACUGCGCAUUAAUCGAUUUGCCUGGCCCAAAAUCCUCAAAAUAUCCUACAAGCGAAACAGCUUCUAUAUCAAGAUACGCCCUGGAGAGGUGAAACACUUGUUGGAGCAGUUCGAGAGCACCAUUGGUUUCAAACUUCCUAAUCACAAAGCAGCAAAGAGGCUGUGGAAAGUGUGUGUGGAACAUCACACGUUUUUCAGAUUGGUGACUCCUGAACCUCCUGCCAAGAAGUUUCUGUCUCUGGGCUCCAAGUUCCGCUACAGCGGUAGAACACAAACACAGGCGCGCCGUGCCAGCUCCCAGAUCUCUCGGUGUGCACCACAGUUUCAGCGCUCCUCCAGCAAACGGCUCACCACCACUCGCAGUCUAGAUAUAGCACCAGCCAUGGCCAAUGAUGACAAUUUGAUUGAAGACUCUAAACCAGCCUUUGCCACAGGGACCCUCAUCACCACGGUAACGCCAGAGAAAAAGGCAGAGGAAGAAAACGCAGUAGAAGAUGAAAGCACUCCUGCUACAGAGACAUCAGGGCCUGCCCCUCCCACUCCUGUUACCAAGUGCUCUCCUCCUGACUCCAAACACACACCCCUUUCCUCACCACUCUCCUCCACUAAAGUGCGAAGGAGGAAACGCAGACGGAGCAGCUCUGAGCACGCUGCCUCAGAAAGCCCAGCAAAGGGCAAGCAAAUUUCAGACCAGAACCUGCCCAAGGGGGGAACGCUUUUCUCCUUCUCACUGCACCUCCCAGACCUGUCGUCUCUCCUGGACGAAGACGGCUACCUGAGUUUCCCUGACCUGUCUGAGAUGAACUUCCUGCCUGAGCGCUUCCAACACUUCCUGCCCAUCAAAUCACCAUCUCUCGUGCCCUGCUUCCUUUUCAUCUUCUUCUUUCUGCUGUCUACGUCUUUUUCUGUACCCUAUGCACUUACGCUUUCUUUCCCACUGGCACUGUGCCUCUGCUAUCUGGAGCCCAAGACCACGUCACUCACCACCUCAUUCACCAACAGCUUUCAGGACAGUUCAGACGACGAGACAGACAGCGAUCCAUCUGACGAGACAACAACUGAGUCUGAGCCAGAGGAUGAAUCAGAACUGAUGACCCAGGAGGUUGAUGCCAAAAAGGAGUUGCUCAAUAGGCAGGCGAAACUCUGCGAGCUGAAGAGGUUGUUUGUGGAGUUGUCCUCAGAGUCGUCAGAAAGCAGUGAAUGGGACAAGAAGCUGUCCUCUUUCCCUUCUUACUACCCCCGACUGAAUGACACAGCCACGAUGAGACCUCUGUUACCCAGACAGGAUACUGCAGAAGAUGCCAAAUCUGAACCUCCUCAUGACAUUUCUGAAGAAAAACCAGAGCCUGUGGAGGCUCACUCUGCUGAGAGCUCAGGUGACCAACAGAACACUGUGGAAGGAGAGGAAGAGGAAGCAGAAGUCACGAAGUCAGAGGCGUCCGAGAAGCCGGUGCAAACGGUGACCACUGAGGUGCCUAUUGUUCAUACUGAGACCAAAACCAUCACAUAUGAGUCUGCUGAGGUGGAUGCUAAUGGUGACGCAGACCCUGGAGUUCUGAUGAGUGCUCAGACCAUCACCUCUGAGAACAACAGCACCCAGACCACCACGCAAAUAACAAAGACGGUGAAAGGAGGCAUCUCCGAGACACGGAUCGAGAAGAGAAUCAUCAUCUCUGGGGACGCCAACAUCGAUCAUGACCAGGCUCUGGCUCAGGCCAUAAAAGAGAUCAAAGAGCAGCAUCCAGACAUGUCUGUCACCAAAGUAGUGGUUCAUAAAGAGACGGAGAUCUCGUCUAGCGAAGGUGACCAGUGACUCAGGACUGAACACCAUUUUGACAGAGGCCAGUGCCAUUUUUUUUUUUUCCUCCUCACUUUUUGGACCCAUGGACUUUCAGCGUCUGACCUUUGAUCUCAGAUCCAGACAGCUUUAUAGUGGAUGUGCUGAGACAUUGUAUAAGCGAUGAUUCAUUCCGACACACGUACCCAUUCUCAAGUCAGCCCUGCACAACAUUACCAAAGGCUCAGCUCUUAUUGGAAUGAUCACGUUACUUUUAACAGCAAUAAUCCCAGGACAUCAUGAACACACGAAAGCUUCAUAAUGGGGAGAAUCUUCCAAAAAAAAAAACCAUUUGUGCAACUGCCUUAAAAACGUGGGUUUUUUUUUGUUUGUUUGUUUGUAAUCAUGAAGUGUUUAAUUCAUGCACCUUCAUUUUAUAUAUAGCUGACACUUAAUCACCGUGCCAACGGGGAAGCUAUAAAUCCGUACAACAGUGUUCCAAGGAGAUAUCGCAUUAGAGCCAAGUUUGCUGACAAAGAUUCUGUUUCUUUCCAAUGUGUAAAGGUUUUCACUGAAUUCUGACUCAGAUCAGCGUAAAGACGUGGAUUAAUGUGUACAUGAGGAAACCAGCUCACAGGCCAGGAGUUAUUGAGUUAAGUCUUGUAUAUACAUUAUAUAAGCUUAUUAUCUACAAAACCAUUAAUUCUGUAUUGCAUUACAAGUUCUAAAAACUAUGCCACUAUGAAAAAAGGGCUGUUCUUGGUUUGCUUGGAAACUCAUUCAUCUUCAACACUUGUUUUUAAUCUCACUGAUGCUCCGGGGAAGUUAAAAAUGGUACGUCUUCAAAUUUUAAAGAUCGAGGGUUAUAAAUGUAUCUCUUAGGGGUUUUUUUGUUUGUUUUUUUAAACUGUGAUUAUAGCAGUUUGUAUUUCAUCUUCAUCUGAUGACCUGAAAACGAAUUACUCCGAAUUCUGUUGCUAUUUUCUCCGCUCUAAACACUCAACAAAAAUUUAGACAUGUUGCACAAAAAUACAUUUGGAUGCGAUUUAUUUUUGGUUUCUUCUUCUUUUUUUUUUUAAUUAAAUAUUAUUGAAAUCAA